CUGAACAGCAACCUGAUACCACACGUUUUAUCCCGCUGUAGCCGGUUAUACCGUCUGCUCUUUGCCUCGUCCGAAAACCGGCCAUUGCCGGUAAUAUUCAUUGUUCUCUACUUUGCUGGAUUUCAGGUCACCCCCGCGAGGAAUCCCAUCAUCAUCCUCCGGUUCUGUAUUGUACCUUCCCAGGUUCUACGGUGUAGGAUGGAUAAUAAAGAUGAACAAGGGGAGCAUGCUCCUCGAGGAAACGAAUGGGAAGUCGUCUCCCUUACUGCAUCGGCUUAUGCCGCUGCUCCUGGUCCAUAUAACAUCGAGUUGAGGGAUGCUCGGAAGUAUGAUACUUACUACGAAGCAGAAACUUCAAAUACUUUAUUCAUGUCUGAUCACUUUGUCUUCCCACCGAGUGAGCAUGAGAAUGUACCUGUCGAGACUUUCUUUUCUGAGCCCGACAACGAUAAGGGAAGCAAGUAUGUGGAUCCUCUGUUUGAAACGGAUCAAGCGAAGCAUACUGAUGAAAAGGAUGAAAAAGACUCAACGAUGAGAGGAGCAGACUUGCCGAAUGCGUUCUCAAGAACAUGGUUUCGUGAUGAGAUGGGUAACAAGAAACAAAGUAUCUACGGUGAAUCAACACUUGGUUCUGUCCAGAGUGAAACAGCCAGCAGUAGAGCAACCAAGCAUGAGCAUGAAUCACAUUAUGUAGAAUCAAAUGAGACUCUGGAGGGAGGCUUAGACUUGCAUUCUGAUGCUUCAAAUCUCUUUAGAUCACCAUCAAAGGAUGCCAAAGAUGCAACUUAUAACCUCCCAUGUGAAGCCUGGUGGAGAAGGAGGGUUGUUUCCGUGUAUGCUCACGCGAAAGAGGCGAAAGCUUUCUGGUCCUUGUUUUUUGCCGCUGCUGUGACUGGCCUUGUAAUCCUUGGUCAGCGCUGGCAACAAGAGAGGUGGCAGGGUUUGCAUCUCAAGUGGCAAUCCAGCAUCGGUAGCGAGAAGUUGAGCAGAGUACUGGGACCUCUCGCACAUUUUAAAGACUCGGCGGCGGGAGUCAACUGACAAGCUUCGUUCGUGAGGAGUGGUUCCUUGGGUGAGAUUUAAAGACCGAAGAGACAAGGCAAGUGGUGUGGCUUUGUUCUGAUGCUUGUGUUUAGCUUUGGCCUCUACAAUCUCAUACUCUGCAGGUACAUAUAGAAUAGAACCGUGUUUCACAUACAAAACAGGAUCUGAUACUUAAAUUCAUUUAUACAAUAGUUAGUGAAUGGUGUUUGCUUGGUUUA